AUGUCGGGCAGAUACGCUUUCGCCAAGGGCCUCAAGGAGGUUCGCUUCCUCUUCUGCCAGACUGGUGAGCACAGCGCUGCUACUCGGUCUUUCCUUAGCCGCGCAUACCCCAUCAUGAAGAAGAACAACCCAUCGACACCCAUCAUGCUCCGCGAGGCCCAGGGCACACUCCCCAAGAUCUAUGCGAGAUAUGGACUUGGUCAGGAGAAGAGCCAGUCAUUAGAAGGACUUUCCGACAAGCAGAUCGAGGAUGCCGUCACACAGCUCGUCAAGAACGAGACUUCAUAA